AUGUAUGUUCUGGGUCUAAUGAGGGAGAAAUUUUGGGUGGUUAAGGGCAAUGCAGCGGUGAGGCGCAUGCUAGGGAAAUGCAUCAAGUGUCGCAGGGUACAUGGAAGGGUAAUUGAACAGCAAAUGGCCAAUCUACCACCUGAUCGCGUGGAGUCAGGGAAACCACCCUUCUAUCGCACCGGGGUGGACCUUUUUGGACCAUUCUUCGUGAAAAGGGGCAGAGCGCAGAUAAAGCACUGGGGAGUUAUAUUCACCUGCUUGAGCAUGAGGGCCAUACACUUGGAAGUAGCGUCAAAUCUCACAUCAGACUCAUUCAUUAGUGCCUUCAGAAGGUUUUUGGCUCGUCGUGGACAUGUUAGGACGAUUAGAUGCGACUGCGGCACUAAUUUUGUGGGAUCACGGAAGGUUCUAGACUCCAGUUAUGAGUUCUUGGGAGAAAACAAGUGCGAAAUGGAGUUGCUCCAGUGUGGGGUGGAAUUGUUUUCAAUCCCCCGGGCGCCUCACAUUUUGGAGGGAGCAUGGGAACGAUUGAUAGUGGAAGCAACAGUUAAUAGUAGGCCCCUUACCAUUGUCACCUCAGACAGUAGAGACCCAGCUCCACUCACACCAAACAAGCUUUUAAACAUGGGAGAGUCACCCGCAGGGUGCCAUGUUGCAACAGGUAGCUACUCUAAGCAGAGAUGGAAGCAAGUGCAGCACAUGGCUGAGCAGUUCUGGGCACGUUGGAAACGCGAAUACCUGUCGGGGUUACAACAGCGACAGAAGUGGUUCAAGGAACGACGAAACGUCAGGGAACGCUGUUACGCGGGAUCCGGUGACACUGACGUGUCGCUUGGUACCCCCUCUCCCGGUCACCAACCACCAACCCCCCCACCUAGCAAGCUGUCUGCUACGCUCAGCCUUGGCGUGGCAGCCGAUAGAGAUGGAGUUCCCAUUCGCUUCUCCCGCCAGGUGCGAAUUACGAAUGGAGAGGAGCUGGAAGAAGUUUCAAGCUACUUUCGCGGAGUGGGGGGAGAGUUCUACGAUUCAUCCAUAAAGAAGAUGGUACACCGCAUGCAAGAAUACAUUGAUCUCAAUGGCGAUUAUGUCAAAAAAUAG